CGACUGAUACCGGUGCCGAAUUGGAGGUGCACGACUGUAUAUUGAUUUCCUUUCCCGUUUCCAAGAAAAAAGAGAAGAAUGAAUAUGGGCGACGGGGAUACGUCUUACAGUCACCCGAACUACUCAAAGCGAGAGUCGCUGUAUCGAUCGAGGAGUCAUCUAUUGCUACAGCAAGUAUGAGUUCCCCACGCCCAACUCAAUCAAAAACUGCCCGUGAAAUUCGCGACAUCAUCGAUGCCCUGGAGUUUGAUGACAUUGCCAGUUAUUUCGAGCAAGACGACGACGAAAUCGACCCCUAUGUGGUAUGCGAUGGAGUUUCCGUCGGUGCGUUCAACAGGUACAUUGGCGAUGGCGAAGGACUUCGAUUUGCGCUUCGAUUUCUCCAGCUCAGUGAUGAUGGUCGCAUUUUGAUUGUGGAUUUAUCAACAACAGUGCACGAGUCCACUGUGCAAUGUUUCGAGUUCGAGUUCCUAACUGCAACUGGAAAUGGACGCCUGGUCAAAAUUGGAGGCUCAACGACAGUGAGUAGAGUUGGUCUCCCAAAGAAGGAGGCCGAUGACACGUAUGGUCCGUUGCGAUCGACGCCAAACCGAACACGACCACCGCGGCCUCGUAUUAUUGCUGAUUGGGUGACACUGGCAGUGGAGGUUGGAAGAUCUCAGACUUGGGCAAGUCUGGAAACUGCUGCCCAAUGGUGGUGCGGUUAUGCUGGGAUUCAGUACAUUUUGCUACUGAAGGUGAGCCGUCCUGGUACUCAGAUUACGUACCGCCUGUAUGAGAUCAAUAUACCGCAGUGUCUUCCACCACCAUCAGCGACGGGGAUAAUUCGACGACGCAACAGACCAAGACCUGCUGACAGUGUGACUUUCAACAUGCGUCGUAUUUUGUCAAUCCCUGCAAACCAACCUUUGCCAAAUGGACUAAACCCGAAUGCUGUUGUGGACCUACGAAUCGUCAUGGAGCAAGUCAUCGAUACCAUUUAAUAAGCUUCGCAUAGUCGACGAGUCUCGUGACAAGCCUUAAGAAAUCAGUACAUCUAUGAAAUCUCGCACGAGUCUUCUUGCUUGCUGUGUCUUGUGUUCUUGUAAGCGGCGCUACUGGAACGGAACAACCAAAUUCUUCGCUAACUCCUUACAACCAGCUUGCCACCAGCGAAGAUAAGCAAGCGCCCUUCAUCCACUAAGCC